AUGCUCCAAUCUGCAGCAAGUUUCUUAGCGGGGUAUGCCUUCCGUGCACAAUGUGGCUCCUUCCCCUGUGCAGCCAGCUGCAAAGGUGCCGCCAACACUCGGCCGUUCAAGCUGAGCAUUGUCAUUCACAGCGCGGCUGUGGAGAAGAUUGGAGGGCCCGGGCUGGUGCAGGAUCAGCGGCCCUAUGUCAGCAUACGCAUCAAUGACAAGCUUAAGGAGACAGAGCUGGGAGACUGGAGCUCUGAAAAGGAGCAGUGGUGUUUCCGAGAGGUCAUCACCCUUGAGGUAGUGCCCACAGAUGAAGUCUUUGUGGCAGUUUCCAGCAGCACCAAAUAUGAUUUCUGGUUGGCAUCAGUGCAGCUGACCAGCACCAAGAUCGGCGAGGCUUGCUUCCCCGUCUUCUCAGUCAUUCCACGACUCAGACAGGAGGACCGUGACGAAGACGGCAUGGUGUGGUCCUCUCCCAUCAUUCCGUUCGAUGUAAGGGAUGACGGCACCACCACUGCUCGCACCUACCUCUCCUUCGAGACCACACAGGCGCCUGGAAACAACCCUCGGAGCCACAAGAUUUCCGAAGGAUGCUGCCAGAUGUCACGCAAGUGGGAUGCCGAUGACGACGACGGCCCCUACGACAGCAGCCCGAGCACUCGAGAGAGCGACUAG